AUGUAUUCACUUCUCAAGAAAACAAAAAUCUGUCAGGUGUGCAAGAAAUCAUUUUCAAACGGGAAAGCUCUUGGUGGUCACAUGAGAGCUCACACUUUGAAAUUUUUCCCUGGAUCAUCUUCAUCAACUGGCUCGAUCACUCCAUCACUACGAUCAUGCAACAACCUUGGAGCAAGCUUUAGAAGACCUAAUGAAACAGUUCUGGCGAGAUUUGUCCACACCAGUGAAGUUGUUGGUGGUCCAAAGCCAGAUCUAAACAAAGAAGCUGAGCAACGAACAACUGUCAAGAAAAAGAUCGUCGUGGAUUUGGAAGAGGAAAAUUCGAUAGAGUCUGAAAGCGAUAUAACUAUUGAAGAAAGUGCUUUAUGUCUUUUACAAAUGAAGGAUGACAACAUGUCAGAAUAUCUUCAGAAUCUGAAAUCGAUUGAUAGUUUGGUAUCAACUCGAAAAAGAAAAGAUACUGAAAACUAUAUCGAAAUAGAUUCUGAUGAAAAUCACGAAGAUAGUGAUGAUGAGUACGUUGUUGAAGAUGAAGAUGAAGACAAUGAAGAUGACGAUGUUAAGUCUCUCACUUCAGAUGUGGAAAACCUAAUAGGAGACAGCGAUGAAGAUGAUGAUGAUUAUGGUGAUGAAAACGCAUAUUACGGUGGAAAAAGGAAAAGGGGUAAGAAACAAAGUAAAUAUACGUGUGAUACUUGUGGAAAAGUUUUACGUUCGUAUCAGGCAUUAGGUGGUCAUCGAACGAGCCACAAAUACAAGCGAUUGAAGAUUUCCGACAAGAAUUAUUUCGGGGAAGAUGGGCCAAUAGUUCGACGACAAUACGAGUGUCAAAUUUGUAACAGAAUGUUUGCAUCUGGUCAAGCACUUGGUGGUCACAAAAAGAUUCACUAUAUGUUCCUAGCUCCAGCCAAGUAACUUGUCGAUUUCCACCAAGUGACCAUAGAAUCUAUGAAGCGUACCUAGAUUUGGGUGACUAGUUGAGAUAAACAAAUAAUAAAAAGAAACAUGCUUUCUUUUCUUUCUGUUUUCCGACUAAUAAAACAUGUUCUAUGUUUUUAUGUUGUUAACCCUUUUUAAGUUUAUUUUCCUACAUCAAUAAAAGUUGUUUUAAAUU